CAUGAUGGCGAGAAGGCUCAACUUUUCAGGUAAUAUCCUGGCCAACAUGGACGAUAUCAGCGAAGGGGACGAGGUUGAUGACGACGAUGAUGUACCUGUGCAGCCCAAGCGUAGGAAUAAUGGAAAGUUGAAGACUCCUGGCGACAUGAGCCUUGACACUAGCGAUCUUGAUUGUAUCUCUCGCCCAACGUCUGUUCCACAGCCCCCAAUUCCCAUGGCAUUCCACCCCAUCUCCAACGAUCGCAUCUCUGGUUCACACAAGCGACCCAGAUUUGACAGAAGCGCUGCUAUUCCCCUGAGCCGGUCCCCUCCAGACAACUACAGCUACCACCGAAGCCCCAUCUCCUUCAGCCGAGGCCAACAGCCUGGAGGGUACAGCCAGCACGGGCCGCGCGAAUCCUCACACCACCAGCAUCACCCAGCCUCAAGUUCACAAUACACACCUUCUUCUCUGGGUCGGGCCAUACCCCUCCCCCACCCUGUCCCAAUCCAACUUCAAUCCGCUCCCGCACUCUCCUACUCGUUCCUCAGGUUUUGGACCCCCACCUCUGCCAGGCAGCGCUAUCUCUUCCAAUCAUGAUAGCGGAAUGUACACCCACCACCAAUUGCGCCAGGGUCCUCCCAGUGGCGGGGGUAGUGGUGGUGGUGCAGGUGGACAAAGUGAUCUUUUCACUGCUUUUAUGGAAGGGGACGAACGUUCGGGCGGUGGGGGACCAAAUGGUGGAACGGGAUUGGACUGGCCUGUCCACGGACCACGUUCGAAUGUACCUAAUCCAGUACCCAAUCCGCCUCCCUCAUCUUCAUCUACACCCUCAGGUGCAGCCAACGAGUCGGGAAGUGGGGGAAGCAACUGGCUUGACUUCCUCUCUGGCAAUAACCCUACUACUCCAUCUGGCAACCCCGGCAACACAGGCACUGUCACCAAAUCACGGAGAUAUCUGAUAGCGGGGGAGAUGGGAGGCGGGGACCAUCCCCGCUCGUGGUGUCCAUUAGUGGUGGGGGGAAGAGGGACGCCGGGGGCGUGGGGAUCUUGAACUCUCCCGUUAGUCAAGGGGAGUUGGCAAAGAGAAAGGGUAAGGAUUGUUGAACAAUCCAAGGUCAAAGCUAUUGAAAUGGACUUUUUAUGGAUGGACCUGUAGCCUUUUAUAAGUUAUCUACUGUGCAGUUCCUUC